UAACUCGUUAAACACAAUUUUUUUAAAAAAAAACGAAAUGGCGUGCGGAGAUAUCCAUGCGCGUUUAGCAAAUCAGUAAUCGAAGUGGGCCUCCAACACAGUCCACCGUCCGCAGCCCAUAGUUCGGCUUGUCUCUCUUCCCCUGUGUUUUUGCUCUGUGUUCAAGCGACUCCCCCCAUGUAAACUCCAUUGACAACAGUCAAACUUCCGACAAACAAAAGUGGAGACCUUAGUUUUCUUGAGGUACGUGCUUGUGACUACGCCGCAAUAGCUCAACCCUUCUGUUCUUCAUAUUUUUUUUUGCUUGAGACUUGGUGGACUGCUUUUGCACGGUCUGUUGGUUGUGUUUCUGAGCGAGGUUUUAAGGAUUGGAUUGGAUUUAGAUUGGAGUUUUCCACGGAAGUCAAGGGGAGUUUGAUUUUGUAGUCCCCGCCGUUUGGGGAUUGGGGGGAGAUGUCGAGUUUUCAGGGGGUUCUCGUCUCCGAUCAAUGGCUUCAAAGCCAGUUCACGCAAGUUGAGCUUCGCAGCCUCAAAUCCAAAUUCAUAUCUGCGAAGAAUCAGAAAGGCAAAGUAACAGUGGACGACUUGCCGCCUUUAAUGGCGAAACUGAAGGCAUUCAGUGAUAUCUUCAAUGAGGAGGAGAUUAGGAAUAUGUUGGGAGAAUCUAGUUCUGAAGAGAUCGAUUUUGAAGGCUUCCUAAGGACAUACAUGAAUUUGCAAACCCUAACUGCAACAAAAUCUGGUAGUUCAGGAAGCCCUUCCUCAUUUCUCAAGGACACCACAACUACUCUACUUCACACAAUCAGCGAAUCAGAAAAGUCAUCAUAUGUUGCUCAUAUUAACAGCUAUCUCAGAGAUGACCCAUUCUUAAAGCACUUUCUUCCUGUAGAUCCAGGUUCCAAUGAGUUGUUUGAUCUUGCAAAAGAUGGAGUUCUCUUAUGUAAGCUGAUCAAUGUUGCUGUACCUGGUACAAUAGAUGAAAGGGCAAUUAAUAUGAAAAGAGUACUCAAUCCAUGGGAAAGAAACGAGAAUCAUACCCUUUGCCUCAAUUCUGCAAAGGCUAUUGGAUGCACUGUUGUGAAUAUAGGCAAUCAGGACCUGGUUGAAGGAAGACCUCAUUUGGUUCUGGGGUUGAUUUCUCAAAUCAUAAAGAUCCAACUAUUGGCUGAUCUCAACCUCAGGAAGACUCCUCAGCUUGUCGAACUAGUGGAGGACAACAAUGAUGUUGAGGAGCUUUUGGGAUUAGCCCCAGAGAAGGUUUUACUGAAAUGGAUGAAUUUUCAUCUAAAAAAAGGUGGCUAUAAAAAGCCUGUAACCAAUUUUUCAUCGGACUUGAAGGAUGGAGAGGCAUACACUUACCUCCUUAAUGUACUUGCGCCUGAGUAUUGUAAUCCAGCAACCUUGGAUAUCAAAGAUCCUGCUGAAAGGGCAAAUCUGGUCCUUGAUCAUGCAGAAAAGAUGGACUGCAAAAGAUAUUUGACUCCGAAGGAUAUUGUUGAAGGCUCAGCCAAUUUGAAUCUUGCUUUUGUUGCCCAAAUCUUCCAUCAGAGGAAUGGCCUGUCUACUGACAACAAGAAGAUUUCCUUCGCGGAGAUGAUGACGGAUGAUGAACUAAUUUCCCGUGAAGAAAGAUGUUUCCGGCUAUGGAUCAAUAGUCUCGGCAUCACCUCUUACGUCAACAAUUUAUUUGAGGAUGUCAGAAAUGGAUGGGUACUUCUGGAGGCACUGGACAAGGUUUCUCCUGGAUCCGUUAAUUGGAAACACGCAACGAAACCUCCUAUUAAGAUGCCAUUUAGGAAAGUAGAGAAUUGCAACCAAGUUGUCAAGAUUGGGAAACAGUUGAAACUCUCCUUGGUGAAUGUAGGUGGAAAUGACUUUGUUCAGGGGAAUAAAAAACUUACUCUCGCGUUCUUGUGGCAGUUAAUGAGGUUUAACAUACUCCAACUCUUGAAGAACUUGAGAUCACGUUUUCAAGGAAAGGAGAUAAGUGACAUUGAUAUCCUGAACUGGGCAAACAAAAAAGUGAAAAGCACAGGAAGGACAUCUAAAAUGGAGAGCUUUAAGGAUAAAAGCCUUUCAAGUGGGCUUUUUUUUCUUGAUCUUCUCAGUGCAGUGGAGCCCCGGGUUGUUAACUGGAACCUUGUUUCGAAGGGUGAAAGCGAUGAUGAAAAGAAGUUAAAUGCUACUUAUAUCAUCAGUGUUGCUCGAAAACUUGGAUGCUCAAUAUUUUUGCUGCCCGAGGAUAUCAUCGGGGUCAACCAAAAGAUGAUAUUGACACUCACAGCCAGCAUUAUGUACUGGAGCCUUCAGCAACCAGUGAGUGAUACAGAGUCAUCUCCAUCUCCUUCUGUAGUGCUUUCUCCUGAUUCCUCCCCAGCACCAUCAAUCAAUGGUGAAGAAGAAAGCUCACUUGGUGGAUUGUCAAAUCUAACCAUCGAGGAUGCUGCUUCAUAUUCGUAUGUUGAAAGUGAAGACAGUGGAUCACAGGAGGUUUCAUCUUCACUUGUUGAGAAUAGGGAUAGUACUGAAUUACAGGAGGAGGUGUCCUCAUCCCAUGUUGGGAAAGAAGAUUCACAGCCAAAGAGUGAAUCGUGAUACAUAUUUACAUUGCGGAAACUUGAUUUGAAAUUGAGUUGGAGGAGAAAACAGCAAAGGAAAAAAUAAUAAACAUAUGAAGUGAAAAAAAAGAUAGAAAAAAUGUUGUAAAGUUUCAAGCAAUCUCCCUUAAUAGUGUGUAUAUCUGUAUUCAUACACAGCAGAUUUUAAAAUGUCACCUUGUUAAUCAAUUCUCAGUUUUGCCAAGUGAUUGUAUU